ACGGUAUGUUUCUUUUGCAAACUAAUUUUACUAAUCUAACUAUUGAAGUUUAUUAAGAUAUUAAAAUGAUGAUAACUAUAUUAGAAAUAAACUUAUUCACAAUUCUGAACACUUUUUCAAUAAACCGAUUGUAUUUGCACUGCGACGAUUAAUUCGAAAAAUACCAGUGAAAUAUUAUUAACUAGCAACUUGAAAAAAAAAUAAUUCUUAAAACAAUUCUAUUCUACUUGAUUAAUAAUGCUUUAAUAAGUCGACAUCGUGACGUACUUUCAAAAUACCAAAAAAAGUAAGGUUACCUCUUUGUAUUAUGUUAACUGAUAUGUCCUCAUUUGCUAUUAAAAUAUGCGUCAAUGAUUAUAUUUAAAGAAGAAUUUGUUUCUAUGAAUCAUUGUUAGCAACACAUAACAACUUAGACAAACACAUUUUUAUUUUAGAUUUUUUUACUAAAUAGAAAAAUAUUUAGGAACAGAGCCAUACUAACCAUUAUCAGUUGACAAUGAUGCAUUGGCAUUUUAUAAAAUGGUUUCUAUCGAUGAUGAUAAUUUUACUCGAAAUAUUUUCAAGUUUUGUCAAUGGUCAAAGUUGUAGACCUUUAAAAUACAUGGCCGAUAGUUACAUCAAAUUGGUCAAAUUGUUCUGUUCUUUCUGAUGGAGUAUGUUAUUUAAUGUAUUAACAUAUAAUAUAUAUAUAUUUAAAUCCUUUUUUUAGACUGUAACAGUAAACAAUGUUUAUGCUCAAUGUAUGUUUUUAAAUGUUCCUAUUGAUUGGAAUACAACGAAUUUGACAACAUGUACAGAAACUAUUGAAUUAUAUGUUAAACGUUAUUUUAUCUUCGGAUAUGAAAAUAGUUCUCAUCAUUUAUGGCGAAUCCCAGGUGGUGGUGGUGCUCCAGUAUCUACUUUAGAAUUUGAAGCUAUUGGUGUUGUUAGUGCAUUAAAUGGUUCUGUAUCAAUAUAUGUUACAGAUAAACGUAGUGUUGGUAAAAGUAGUUUAUUAGAAUGUUCAAUAUCAAUAGUUAAAAAUUUUACAGCUUGUUUAUCAUAUAUAAAAGAAAAUGAAUAUCGUUUAAAACAAAAUACAUAUACAAAUACUGCACGUGAUUUAGAAUAUAUUCUUAAAGUAAUUAUUGGUAAUAAUCGUCAAUAUUUAAAAACAAAUCAACGUGUUAUAUUAAUGGGAUCAAGUCAAGGAACUUAUCUUUUACAACGAUAUCUUUAUAUUACUCAAGAUGUCGAACAAGUUGAUGGAGUUAUACUUGAUUCUGUAUUAUCAACUGAUAUAACACGAUUAGUUUAUGGUGAUACAUUUUUAAAUUAUAUUUUCUUAGAUUUAUUUACACGUUGUUCACAAGAUGAAGAAGGAUGUGCCAAAUAUUUUGAAGAUAAAAAUUCAAUGCGUGCACUUUAUACUUAUAAAAUGAAUGAAGAUUUUCAAACAAAUUCAUCUUGUCUUUAUCAAUUAAAAAUAACAACAACAGAUAUUGCAAAAAAAAUGUCAUAUAUUUUUUAUCCAAAUAUAAUGCAACUUUUUCCUGCAUUAAUCUAUCGAAUAAAUCGAUGUAAUUUAGAUGAUUAA